AUGAGCGACAAUAACUACACGGAUAAAACUAAAACCACAACAAUACAAACACCUAGACCGUCUUCACCACGGAAAUUCUUCGCACGAAUAUACGGGCACCUUGAACAGCCCAAGAGUAAAGUGAAAGAGAGUCAGGGCUCGGAGAGUGAGUCAUCCUCUGACGUGGAAAUCGGAGAGAGUGAGGGAAGAGAGAUUGUGCAGGUAUCGCCGCUGUGGCAGCCUCCGCCACCACUGCCGCUUUGUCCACGGCCGGUUCUUUUACCACAUCAGCAAUUGGCGUUUGGUGCUGGUCUUGCAGCUUUCCUGGCUCGCAGGAGACGCAAGGAAAGUCGGCCGCGUCGGCAACGCACGACGUUCUCAGCACAUCAGACGUUGCGCCUUGAACUGGAGUACGCAAGGGGCGAAUACGUUGCACGAGCACGAAGAUGUGAACUUGCUUCAGCUCUAUCACUGAGCGAAACACAAGUAAAGAUAUGGUUCCAGAACAGAAGAGCUAAAGAUAAAAGAAUAGAAAAGGCUCACUUGGAUCAGCAAUACAGACAACUGGCAGCAGCAACCGGAUUCUUCCCACCAAUGUUCCCGGCCCCGUACGGGCCGCCGCCGUGUCCGUGUUUACCCGUACAUCCUACGCCAAAUCUCGAUAAAUAAUCCAAUUUAAGUUUUUUCUGAUCUCAUACUUAUCUAGGUAGUAAAUAAAUAAAAAUUAAUAUAACCUUUACUAAUAAAAACUUACACUUUGCAUGGCAUAUAAACACAUUUAAAUAAGCU